AUGAGCGAUCAGGGAGUUGCGCGGGAGCCGGUGCCCCAGGAGGACCGCGUGCUGCACCUCGAUGGGCAACUCGAUGAGCAGCUGAUUGCGCUUCCACAGCAAGCUUUCAACAACUUACUUGAGGCAAUGCUCAGAGCGCAGGAGCAGCGAAGAGUGAUCAGAUACCGGCUGUACCGCUACGAAGCGGAUGUGGAACGAGGUCGAUGA